AAAAAGAGGAAAUACACAGUUAUCAUCCGCCUAGAGAGGGGAGGAGGAAGAGAGAGAAUCAUCUCUCAGCCUCGAGAAAAAAAAAAAAAAAGAUUUCAAGACAACGGAUAAACACAAAAGCAUGAAAUCAUGUGAAAGAAAGUUAUUAGUAUCUUAUCUCAGCUCUUAACCUCCAUCACCUUUUUUUCUCCCUUAUUUAUUUUUGGUUUGCAACCAAUCAUUCAAACAACAAGACAACCCCCACCGUCCCUAUGACCACGUUUACUCUUUCUUCUUUUAUAUUUAAUAAAGGAAAACAGAACCCCAAGGAUUUUAGCUUUUCCUUUUUGUAUAAAAUCAAGAGUUUUAUCCAAGCGUUCAUCUCUAUUGCUUUUCCUCUCUUUCUGGUGAAGAAGAGAGUGAACAAAAAUGGAGAUGGUUAAGUGUUUUAUGAUUGUCCUGAUUCUGGGUCUUUGCCACGUGUCCAUGGCUGCACCAUUGGAGGAGAAGAAGAGUCACAGAAAGACUUACAUCGUGCACAUGGCUAAAUCCGAGAUGCCUCCGAGUUUCCAGCACCAUACUCACUGGUAUGACUCCUCUUUGAAAUCAGUUUCCGGCUCGGCUGCAAUGCUCUAUACCUACGACAACGUUAUCCAUGGAUUCUCUACUCAGUUAACUGACAAAGAAGCGGAGCAACUCGAGAGCCAACCAGGGAUCCUCGCGGUUUUACCCGAGGUAAGAUACGAGUUACACACGACUCGUACACCUGAGUUCCUUGGACUCAGUCAAGCUGCUGCUUUGUUCCCUGAGUCUGAGUCGGCGAGUGAAGUUGUUAUUGGUGUGUUGGAUACUGGUGUUUGGCCUGAGAGCAAGAGCUUUGCUGAUACGGGGCUUGGACCAAUACCAAGCAGCUGGAAAGGCGCGUGCGAAUCAGGCACCAAUUUUACCUCCGCAAAUUGCAAUAAAAAGUUGAUAGGUGCGAAGUACUUUGCUAAGGGGUAUGAGGCUGCCUUGGGUGCAAUUGAUGAGACCAAGGAAUCAAGAUCACCUCGAGAUGAUGAUGGGCAUGGUACUCACACGGCCUCCACCGCUGCAGGGUCGGUGGUGGAAGGAGCUAGCUUGUUUGGCUACGCGCAAGGAACGGCGCGUGGUAUGGCCACGCGCGCUAGGGUUGCUGUUUACAAGGUUUGUUGGAUCGGUGGAUGUUUCAGUUCAGACAUCUUGGCUGCCAUGGAGAAGGCCAUUGAUGAUAACGUUAAUGUACUAUCCAUGUCCCUCGGCGGUGGCAUGUCUGAUUAUUACAGGGAUAGUGUUGCAAUCGGAUCUUUUGCUGCCAUGGAGAAGGGGAUUUUAGUUUCUUGUUCGGCCGGAAAUGCUGGUCCAGCUCCUUACAGUUUAUCAAACGUGGCUCCGUGGAUUACAACUGUCGGUGCAGGCACACUGGAUCGUGAUUUCCCUGCUUUCGUUAGCCUUGGAAACGGCAAAAAUUUCUCCGGCGUGUCGCUUUACCGAGGCAGCCCCUUGCCUGGAAAGAUGUUACCAUUUGUUUAUGCUGGCAAUGCUAGCAAUGCUACCAACGGAAAUUUGUGUAUGAUGGAUACUUUGAUACCGGAAAAAGUUGCCGGCAAGAUUGUUCUUUGUGAUCGUGGGAUGAACGCCAGGGUUCAAAAAGGAGCUGUCGUUAAAGCAGCCGGUGGUAUAGGCAUGGUUUUGUCUAACACUGCCGCAAAUGGUGAAGAGCUGGUAGCGGAUGCCCAUUUGCUCCCGGCAACCGCCGUGGGUCAAAAAUCUGGUGAUGCUAUAAGAGACUACUUGUUUUCAAAUCCUAACCCAACUGUCACCAUUCUUUUUGAAGGAACCAAAGUUGGCAUAGAACCAUCACCGGUGGUGGCUGCUUUUAGCUCAAGAGGACCAAAUUCUAUAACCUCGGAGAUAUUGAAACCAGACAUGAUUGCUCCAGGGGUUAACAUUUUAGCAGGGUGGUCCGGUGCAGUAGGUCCAACGGGGUUGGCUACGGAUACCAGACGAGUGGAUUUUAACAUCAUUUCAGGAACUUCAAUGUCUUGCCCACAUGUUAGUGGCCUUGCAGGGUUGCUGAAGGCGGCUCACCCAGAUUGGAGUCCAGCAGCUAUUAGAUCAGCUCUUAUGACUACAGCUUAUACGGAAUACAAAAACAAGCAGAAAAUGCAAGAUAUUGCAACGGGGAAACCAUCCACCCCGUUCGACCAUGGUGCUGGACAUGUGGAUCCUGUUUCAGCGCUUAAUCCAGGGCUUGUGUAUGAUUUGACAGCGGAAGAUUAUCUGGGUUUCCUUUGUGCCUUGAACUACACAGAGUUCCAAAUCAGAUCCCUGGCGAGAAGAAACUUCUCAUGUGAUGCUAGCAAGAGAUACAGAGUCACUGAUCUCAACUACCCUUCCUUUGCUGUCAAUUUUGAUUCGGUCAUGGGUGGGUCGAAUGUUGUUAAACACACUCGAACUCUCACCAAUGUGGGCUCGCCAGGAACUUACAAGGUAUCGGUAUCACCUGAAACUCCAGGAGUUAAGAUAUCAGUUGAACCACAGACUUUGAGUUUUAGCCAAGCAAAUGAGAAGAAAUCAUAUACGGUGACGUUCAGUGGUAGUUCACAGCCAACCGGUACGAACGUGUUCGCUCGUUUGGAGUGGUCUGAUGGGAAGUAUACCGUGGGCAGUCCUAUUGCAAUUAGCUGGACAUGAUAGGAGAAUAAAGGGGAUGGACAGUUUUUAAACUUUAAAAAGUUGAAUGGCUUCUUAAACUCACUCAACAAGAUGAGAUGGGGGUUGGUUCAAUUGUUUUAGUGUUUUGAAGUUGUAGUUGCCAGAUUCAUGAUAGCUAAACCAGCUAAUAAUGGAAGCUGGGGUCUUAAGUGUUUGAUGUUAUUCUCUGAGAGAGGGAACAAUGAAACAGUGUAUUAAUAUGCUUUUAAUUGCUUAGUCGAUUGUUCAUGCUUAAAGCAAUCCAUGGGCUUCUUGCUUUCGCUUUA